AUGCCUUUUGAACCCGGUGAUGGUCGGCGCUCCGUGUCGCCUCUGAGUACGGGACGCUCCUCGCCCGCUCUCCGUGCUCCUCGCCGGGUCGAGGACGCUGUCGCCCAGAAAGACAAGACCACUCGUCGCUAUGCCACUGCGAUAGACCGUGCUCUGUUAUCCUUCGACAGCGCCCAGCAAGAAUGGGCUGACUACAUUGCCUUUCUAGCCCGCCUACUCAAGGCCCUCCACCCUCCUCCUCCCGCUCUCGAGUAUCUUCCUCACGCUCACUCCGUCGCUUUGCGUCUGGCGCAAUGUCUCAAUCCUGCUCUACCCUCUGGUGUUCACCAAAAAGCUCUCGAUGUCUAUGCUACCAUCUUCUCCUUCCUGCCACCUCCGUCGCUCGGCCAAACCUUACACGUAUACCUGCCUGGCUUGGUUCCUGUCUUAUCCUUCGCAUCUCUUUCCGUACGCCCCAUCUUCUACUCGGUCAUCGAGGAUCACAUCUUGAAGUUAGACUCUGAACACAUUCGUCCUGCCACAAAGUCUCUAAUCUUGUCAUUGCUGCCUGGCAUUGAGGAUGAAACAAGCGAGGACUUUGACAGAGCUUUCCGUAUUCUGGACGUUCUGCGGAAAUGCUCUUCUCGUGACAUCGAGGAUGACCCAGAUGCUGAAGGAAGAGAUGGUUACUUCUGGCAAUGUUUUUUCCUCGCUGUAAUCACGAAUCCUUCUCGUAGGCAAGGUGCUCUGGCUUUUCUGACUCGUAAGCUUCCCAAUUUCACCUCAACCGAAACAUCUCCGGAUUCGAGCAAGGUGGAAGAUCGCACGCUUCCUCUGGCUGCACAAGCUGCUAUCAACCCUGAGCCUGGUCUCCUCGUGCGUUGUUUUGCUGCCGGUCUUCAGGACUCGCAGAUUCUGGUGCAGCGUGGCUUCCUUGAUCUCCUAGUCACACACUUGCCUCUACAUUCUCCCGUCUUUCGCAAUCACGUCCGAUCCAAAGACAUGGUAUUGAUCACUACUGCUGCCGCAAGUUGUGUUCUGAGAAGAGACAUGAGUCUGAACCGUAGGUUGUGGUCAUGGUUUCUCGGCCCUGACCCGACGGCCUCAGAAGCUGAAGACGGUGCGCCCCUCUCGCCUACAGAUUCACGUGGUAAUGUCUCCCAAAAGCAAGCUCUGUAUUUCCAGAAGCAUGGUGCGGCAGCGCUUGAGAAAAGUAUCAUCAAUAUGCUUGGCCAGCAAAGUACAAACCCAACCGUCCGUGCAAAGCCCUUCCGCAUAUGUCUAUCCUUGAUGGAUCGCUGGGAAGUUGGCGGCUUGAUUGUUCCAAAGAUUCUACUUCCUGCUCUCAAAAACGCGCACGACUACAGCCAAGCCAGUUCGCCCGUGCAACUUGAAGAAGUUAUUCGCAGUGCAAGCCUGUUUUUCGAUGGCGUUGAGAGCAGCUUGAUAUGGUCGCGCCUUAUAAGUGUGCUUCUGUCUUCCUUUGACUCGCGACGAUCUGCUGAAAAGGAUUCAUUGCAUGGUCUCGAAUUUCUCCAUUUCGUCACUGAUCGGUUCGAUGUGCGCGAUGAAGAAAUGCUUCUGAGGCACAUUCCAAAUACUCUCCUGAUCCUUUUUGCCCGUCUUGCUUCCAUUUUGAAUGAGGGACAGGGUGAAUCAGAACACUUCAUGACCCUUGUGUUGACUUUUGCGCAAAGACUACUGCGUCUUCUUCCUCCGCGUACCUUUGAGCAAGACGAGAAAGACGGUUCUAAUCAGUCUGCUUGGCAAGCCGAGAAUUGCUCGUCAGUAGCCAAAUCACUAACGCAACAAUACAUCAGAGAUGAUUUUGAAGACAACGUUACAGAUAUCGAAAGGCUCGAUCGACGAAGAACUGCUGAAUAUACACUUCAAAAUGUCGUUGAAGUCCUGAGAUCAGCUUUGACAUCAGACACCUUUACAAACCAGCUGGGUCUGAUAACAGAUUGUUUUGUUAGCAUUAUAACCAAGACCCCCAACUCCCAAGCAUUCCGCAACGCAGUCAUCUACGACACUUUCAAAAAGGUGCUUGGAAAAGAGAGCCUGUUACGAGAUUCUUCGACCGAGCAGUCAUCCUUCUUAGUCAUUAGCUCGAUCAUGUCAGUCAUAGUUGCCAGUGUUGCUGGGAAUCAGUCGCCGUACUUCAGUCAUGCACAGGUCAUGGAUCUUCAGACUAACGUCCUCAACGGUGUAUGGCAUCAUCUAUCACCAUUCAGACCGAAGUAUCAUGUCGAGGCAGUAAGACUGAUAUGGCAGCUGGAGAGCUUGACUAGAGCUGAACACCAAGUUGAAGCACGAUUGGCCUUACUCGUUGGUGAUCAAUCCGAGGUAGAUGGUCCGGAAAUAGCCUCUCGAUUCACGGUUCUUUGGGAGCAUACCAUGCAGAGUCUCAGCCCAAGAUCAGAAGGCUCCGGAAGGCCUUUGUCUCGCAGACCUAGUGUCAUGCCUGCUUCGGGCGAGUUCGGUAGUGAUGUCGACCCGGAGAGGGUUCUGACAAGACCAUUGCUGUUGCUCUUAGAUUCGCUGAAUGCUGAGGGUACAGGUGCAGCAGAUGUCGUCCGUUCAUGGCUACAAAGCCUGUCUAGUCUCGACAGAAUUUUCUUUAUCAUAUGCUCCAAGCUCCAAAAUGACAUGGACACCUUCGCUCGCGAAGCAGGAAAGAAAGAAGCUCGGCAUCGGACACGAAGAAAUGCAGAGCAAAGUCUAGAUGGUGUCUACUUCUGUCUUCAACACCUACGGAAUCUCCUACGCAAUCCCAACGAGCACAUGUGGCUCACUCUCUCGAAUCUCCAAUUUAACUUUUCGAGUACAUCUAGGCUUGAAACCUCAAAGCAUGAUGCCGUUGAGUUCUUGUCAAGAAUUUGUCUGAAGACUCUUGCUUUGCAAGGACACGCAAUCCCCCAGUCUCUGCAGCAUGCAUCUCUGACUAUACUUCAAACACUACUCGAGUGUCCUGACUCAUCCGUCUUGAAGCAGAUGGAUAUUGACGAUGCGCUCAUCAGUACGCUCAGCAAGGCCUUGAAAGGCCCAAUUGGAGCGCUUCAGACUGUCUACCUCGAAACAAUAUCGAAAGCUCUCAGACUACGAGCAACGUCAGGCCAAAGCACGUUUGUGCCACCCCGGAGCCCACUUGCUUCUCACAGACCUUCACUCACCAUCGAAGUCCCAGAUAAGAUGCCACAACCAGUGAUCUCUACACCACCACCGGAGCUCUUGGAUUGUCUACGUGCCGGUCUGUCAUCACCUUCCAGUCGUCUUUUCCUCGAACAUUGGGUCGAAUUCCUUGAUCAAGUCUUGCCACUCUACGCAGAUGCUGUGUUUGCGAACUUGUUACCACUUGUCGAGUGCAUAUGUAAGCAGGUUUCAACUGCUUUCCGAUAUGUGAAGCACAUUUCACACUCGACGCAUGAGCAAAUUGAGUCGGUCCCUAUAUCAACGUUAUCAGCACUGCUACAUGGACUCGAGCUUGUCCUCGCUCAUGUCCAUCGUCAGUUCCAGAGUGAAGAGAUCGUUAGCCCCGUGCCAAAAUCUCCAGAGCCAUCGCAAGGCUUCUUCGGUAACAUAUCCGGUGUUUUCUCGCAGGACGGACAGCACGCACCUCCAACCAAAACGAGUCGCAUCAAUAGCAGACUCACCAUGAUAUUGUCGUUCCAAGACGCUAUCAGAAUUUGCUUCUCUAUCUGGGCGUGGGCGAGCAAUGAGAGUGGCCGGUCGGACACUACGUGUGCAGCAACUACCUCACUGAACGCCCUCAAGUUGAGAAACCGUACGAGAAAGAUUCUUGAAAAUCUCUUUGCUGCUGAAGAGUUGGAGUGCCUCGAAACACUAGCUCUGAUAUGGUCUCGGCCAGCCCCUUCUAACGAAGCCGAAUCUGCAGCCGUUUUCGAUUUACUUCUGGUCUUGGAUGGAUCUCGGCCCAAGAACACAGUGCCGGUCAUCAUCAAUGCACUCUACAGUCGGACAAACAUCGAUGCCUUGGAUAUCGGGCGUAGAUCGAGCUUAACGUCUGACCUGUCCACCGCUGAAGUGGCUGCCUUCUUGCUCAGCUACUCACGCGCAAUCGAAGACGAUGCGACCGAUGAAAUAUGGAGCGAGUGCAUGAUCUUCCUGAGAGAUGUACUCUCAAAUCCACUACCUCAUAGACAGAUAUUGCCAUCUCUUCUGGAGUUCACCGUCUUGCUCGCUGAGAAGAUUGACAACACCAACUUUGGCGAAUUGCGCAAGAUGCGACGCGAGUUAGGCGACAUUUUCCUCCGACUGCUGACUGCAACUUUCACUGCACGACCACUAGGCAACAUUCUGGAGGCUCCAUCGACUGGAUCGCAACUUCCCAGUGGAGCUAGCGAUCUGAUUCACAGCCUUCUCUAUGUCACGCCAAGGCUCUCAGCAAUUCUGCAAAGCAACGACAGGGUUCAGACUGCUGUAAACACCAUAUCGAGCAAUGUCAUGACGCCAGCCUUCCAUGCAAAGGCGUUCCCUGAGAAUGUCAAUAAGGACUUGUUGACGCUUUUUGAACAUGUCGCUCAGCAAGGGCCGACUUCCAAACAAUGGAAGAAGGAUAUUGCAGAUGCCUUCAACAACCCUCGGUUGUUGACAUGCUCUGCAAAUUUGAUGCACCAAGGAUGGUAUCCUGUGUUGCGCAAGUGGGCGCUCGGUGACAAGGACCGUCUUCCUGAGCUCUUAUCCAAAAUCACCGCUCCUUCAACAGCUGGUAUAAUGUUCGGUGUCGGUGCCAAUGCAGCACGACUCGAAGCUGAUCGAAGGACACAGCUUACCCUGCGAAAGAUGAUACUUCUCAUGCUCGCCUGCGAGCAAGACAUUUUCGUUGGUAAUCUGACACAGAUUGUGGACAAACUCGUCGAUUUGUGCACGGCUGAUGCCUCCUCCUCGCCAUCAUCCACCACAAGGGCAGAAGUCUUCAUGGUCUUACGAGCAAUGAUUCUUUGCUUUUCGCCAAUACAUCUAUCUGCUGUCUGGCCCGUUCUCAAUGCAAACUUGCAGAAAGCCAUCACUACAUGCCUGCCUGGUGGUCACGACCAAGACACGUACAGCAACCUCUCGUUGUUGCAAGCUUGCAAGCUCCUUGAUCUGCUGACUACACUAUCACCUGACGAGUUCCAGCUACACGAGUGGCUCUACAUCACCGACACCAUCGACGCCGUAUACCGACCUGUCGACCUCAACCCUGUUGCCUUGACCGACGAGGCAGCCGAAGCUCUCGGUAUGGAGAACUCUGAGCAUUCCGCCUUUACGCCGCCAACCACCAUCGGCAACUCGUACAGCGAGGCGGGUGUCAGAAAACCGUUCUUGGGAGGGUCUGUCGUGGACGGCGCAGACACAAAAGCAAUGGCCAGAGACGACUUCUUGCGUGGCGUGUUGCAGCCUUUCUUCAGCCAAUUGAGCAUGUAUUCGUACGAAGCCACGUAUAGUAUGAGUGUGCCAGACGUAGAGUUGUGCAGGCGUUAUUUGCUGGAAGAUGUCUUGGAUGAGAGCACUAUGGCGUAG